AAAUGUAAAAAAGUAUCAAUGGGCUUGUGGGAUAGUCAUCUAAUUAUAGCCCAUUUUGCUAUUAGUAUGCAUGUAUAUCACAAAUGGAUGAAGGAAUGAAUAUAUUUUUAAAAAUUGCACACUAAGUUUAGUUCCCCAUUUUAGCUUUUCAGUGAUGAAGGGGCAGAUUCCCUCUAGGUGUAAGUCUUCUAAGUUUGGGCUGGUCUAAAUGAUGUGAGAAUCUUUUGUGUAGAGUUCUUUCCAUUUUAUCCCCACAAAUAUUUCUUCCAGUCCAAUUAUCUGUGACCUGUCUUUCUGGGGACUUACACUUGUAUACUGCUGUGUGCUACCAACAAUAUAGCAGAAUAAAUAUACAAUAUUGUCCUUCAGCUCUUGCUCUUUGGGGCAGUUUAGCUACAUCAUAUUUUUCUGUAACUUUAGAGAUGUCUUAUGGAUGAUUUUUUUUCAAACACUGUCCACCCUUCAAGUCCCAGACGUAGAUACUGCACUUGAAAAUGAUAGGAAAUAUACUAGAAAAUACAUACUUUUCUGUCAAACAAAGGCAUGGAUGUUCCAGCUCUCUCAAGAUCUUAUCUGUUCAUAGAAUGUUGUAUCAUCUCCAUCAGGCAUUUGACUUCUUGGGAAAUAUUGGUGAGCAAAGCCCCACUGCCACAAAUACCAGCAAAAAGUUGUGCCUUUCCAAGAAGAACUUACUUCAACAUUACUGCGCCAUUUGUGAACAAAAGGAAAGAAUAUUCAGAAAGAAGGAUUAUAGGGUAUUCUAUGCAAGAAAUGUAUGAUGUGGUAGCUGUUGUAAGCGAAUACAAGAACUUUGUUCCUUGGUGUAAAAAAUCAGAUGUAUUAUCCAAACGUUCAGGAUACUGCAAAGCUAAAUUAGAAAUAGGAUUUCCUCCUAUAUUGGAAAAAUACACAUCAGUUGUUACACUAGUCAGACCUCACUUGGUUAAGGCAUCAUGUACAGAUGGAAGAUUAUUUAAUCAUCUGGAAACUGUAUGGCGCUUCAGUCCAGGAAUUCCUGGCUAUCAAAGGACAUGCACCUUGGAUUUUUCAAUUUCUUUCGAGUUUCGCUCACUUUUGCAUUCUCAGCUUGCCACAUUGUUCUUUGAUGAAGUUGUUAAGCAGAUGGUAGCUGCAUUUGAAAGAAGAGCAGCCAAGCUGUAUGGCCCAGAAACCACAAUACCUCGAGAAUUAAUGCUUCAUGAAGUGCAUCAUACAUAAAAGUAGUUUUCAAACUUCUUGGCACCACAUUUACAUAUGAGAUGUUUUUCUCAUAUGGCUUCCAAUUAUAUGGGGCAUUUUUUGCCAAUUAUGUAUAAUACUACUGUAUAAAACAUGCAUGUAAGAUGCAGGUGUACAUAGAAGCUUCAGUCAAGUGCAAUUCUAAGGUGCUGAUAAGUUCACUGAGUGGCAGCUAUAUUUACAAUUGCCUCCCUCAUCUUUUCAGCAUGUAUAAAACUCAGCACUGUUACCAGUUCUAUAGCCUUAUUUUGACAAUGUUUAAUAUUUACUAUUGAAAUCAAGUUUAAGUUAUUAUUUUAAAUGCAUAUUUAUUUUUAGUAUUCAAAAUUAGCUUUAACUAGCAGUGUGCAGUUCUGAAAGCAAAGCUUGUUUUCUUAGUGCAUAAACUUUGGUAGCAGACUUAAUAUGCAGUAUUUUAGUAAAUUGUAUGAAUCCUACAGAAAGGGCUCAGCUUUACCAGUACAUUAUUUAACAUGGUACUGUAGUACACUGUUUCAAUAUUCCAACAGGUGGCUACAUAUACUGGGGUCUUAUAUGAGUAAUCAUGAACUCUAGCUUUAAAAAUAUGUUCCAGUUAAUGACAAACCAUAAUGCCUGGAGGUUUAUGGCUUGUAUCUAGCAGCUUGCUUUUACCAGCAGAACUGACAGUGCUAGCAAAGCACAUUCCCACCUUCCUCCAUAGUUCUCUCAAUCUGCUUUAGAAAGUUGGAAAACAGAUUAGGAAUAAACAGGAGAAGGGAUACUACUGUUUGUGUGAGUUGGCUUCUGUAACAUUGGCUUUAACUAUAUGUAAAUAUAGUUUAAGUUAAAGCAACAGUGUAUUUGAAUUUAACACCUUUAUAAUUUUAUAUAUUGCUGCACUUAAUGUUUGUAAUACAGUUUGAUAAGCCUUGCUUGAUUCAUAAACAUACUAUUUCCUAUGACUAUUAUUUUAUGAUACCAUGCACUCAUUUAUUUUCAUAAAUGUGAGGGUACUGUAAUACAUGCUCAGCUGCAUUCUUUACUACAGAACUGCUUAAACAUUGCUCAUAGGUCCCAUAAUCAAGUUAGCCCUAGAGCUUUAAUCAUGAAAAAUUAUUACUCAGGCAAGAAAAGUUCUUAGAUUGAACGAAAGUACUGUGGGAUUCUAAACUGCUUCAGUGCAGUUCUACUUUCAGCUACAAAAAUUUUAUUAAAACUUUUUUUUAGGCUACUGGAAAGCAGCUCAAUCAUCCUGCUUUCCAUUUUCAUGGAUUAAAAGAAAAAUAGCUUGAGAAGAAUUUUUAUAUGAACGUUAACUUUUGAAGAAUAAUUUGUCUUCCCUUAAGAAAAACAAUUUUGCUAAGAGUUAUUGCCAGUUGGCUCUGAAAUCCAAUAAAUGUUAUCCAGGAAAAUCUAGUACCUGCUAUGAACAGGAUUAUGUUGUGAAUAAGUUAAUACAUACCAUACCUUAGAGCAAUCUUUUUAUUACAUAAAGUUGUCACAUAAUUGUAUAUUUGUCUACUUUGUACACAAUUUUAUUCAGUCUUGCACACAAUGGCUUCUGCAUUUUUUAGUGACAGCAGGCACCAAUAAAGUCUGAUUUAGCAGAAUUGCAAGUGCUUCAACUGGUUUUAAGUUCAGAGCACAGGAUUGGUACAUGGAUCUGCACCCAGUAUCAGGAAUGUACAAAUGUCUUUAUUCAAAGUACAAAAUAAAUUAUCUGUAGGCAUGGACAAUGACUGUAAACAAUCAUACAUAUGUCAACUGAAAUCCAGUAACUGAAUGUUACAGUGAUUUUUUUUUUUCAACACAGACCCUUUCUGUGCAGUCACUAUCCAUCCUGUCUGACUCU